AUGGGCCUGGAUAUCUCCAAGAUACUCACCCCCAGCAGAGCUCCUUUCUACGGCAUCAUCUCGGGAAACUCGGCUACACCACUCAGUUUAGUGGUCCUGCCAGUUACCUUUGGGACAAAAGUUAACUACCGCACUGAGUACAUCAAGUUCAAGGUGGCCAACUUCGACUCAUCAUAUCAUGCCAUCUUUGGUAGACCGGCACUGGCCAAGUUCAUGGCCAUGCCCCACUACAUCUACCUGCUACUCAAGAUGCCAGGCAAGACAAGCAUACUCACACUCCGUGGCGACCUGAAGAAGUCGUACGACUGCGACCAGCAAGCGAAUGAGUAUGCCACAACAUCACAGGUGGUAGAGCCGUCUGCAGAAGUACUCGCGACCACGCAGAACCUCAUUGACUUAGAGAUGGAGAUCUUUAGCUAG